AUGGAACCUACAGUAAAUCAAUUCUAAGCCAAUCCAGAGGAUUCAAAGGAAAAAGAAGCAGCCUAAAUCUCUAACAUCGUAGUAUUCGAGACAGCAGGCACCUUGUUGGUAAUUUAUGGAGCUUUAGCUGCAGAAAAUAAUUUUGGAUUAUCUCUUGUCUACUUCAUUAGUCUAACAUUGUUUGGUCGCCUAAGUGGAGGAUACUUCAAUCCAAUUUGCACAUUAGUUGGAUUCAUAGAUGGAGCUAUCUCUAAAAAAAAGACUUUAUAUUAUAUUGGAUCUCAAAUUCUAGCAAGUCUAGUUGCAGGGAUGUUAUUCAUGCCAUUAUUCGCAAACAGCGAUCAUUUGCCUUAUUAUGAAUCACUGCCUACUCAUUAAGUCUUUGGAACAUUAAUGUCAGAAAUUGCAGGCUCAGUUAUAUUCUUCACUUUCAUAUAAAUUUAAACAGCAGAAAACACUAAAAUUACCACAACUUAAAUACAAUCAACAGCGUUCAUUACAAGAUAGUAAUAAUUUGAUAACUACUUUAUAGGUAUACUGCCACAAUGGGCAAUAGUUUAUUUAAUCCUGCAGCUGCAUUUGGGUAAACUUUUGAAUAAACAUAGAUUGCAAUUGUUUUACGGUAUAUAUUAUGGUAGAUGGAGUCAGAUGAUAAACUUAUUAAUGUUUGUUAUGGGACCAUGGAUAGGAGCUCUCUUGGCAAUUACAUUUUAUUGGAAGAUCUAUACUCCAACAUUAAUAAGCAAAUCAUCUAGUUGA